AAAGAAAACGCUGCUCAGCACAAUCAUCUUUCCCUUAUGCCCUGCCCCUAAACCCAUACAUCACCCAGAGACCCUUCCCAAACUCCCAUUUUUUAAAGCAUUUUUCAAAUUUGAGCUGAGGGUGGAGUCAUCUAAAAUUAGGGACUUUAGUUAACCUACCCUUUAAACUCCUGGAGGGUGGGUUUAUCCUGGUUUAAAAACACAUUGUUGAAUAUUUGCUGUACCUGGCAACUCUGCUCCUCUGACUGUGUCCGUUAACGCGGCGGACGGUCCGCAGUCUACGGGCUGAUAACUAGCUAAACUAACCUAUCGGUAUUUUAGGAGCGUUAUCAGUUUCUAAAUUAAGAAUUACAGCUUACAAGCUGUAAAAGCAGCACUAUAGCUUUAGAGUCACAACAGCGGACUGUCUAAAACCCGAAGAGAAAAGUCCUGCCGCGUAAAACAACGUUAAAUUAAGUUGUUAGCCUAGCUAAGCUAACCGAACGCUCGCUAGCUGCAUGAAGCUAGCGGUAGAUAAUUGACGUUAAUUGACGGGCUGUGUGGAAGGUUUACCGUGGAGAGAAGCGAGGAGCGCGAUGGCUGUGGGGUGGAAAUGUUCUGGAGAUGUGAGGAAAUCUCUCAUUUAUAAGAUGAUUUUGCUCGAAAAUGCAAGAAACACCCUGAACGAAGAAUUGUGUCGCUUUACAAAGAAGACAGCUGAUGAGAUUCAAGAAUUUCUCAAUCCCACCAGCACUGCUCACAACCAGGACGGUGCGAAUCUGCUGAAGACUUUAGAUGCCAAAUGUCGUGUGAUAAAGGAACUGAUGGCAGCAUUCGAGAACUUGAAGACAGCUCCAGACUUGCAGAACUUGAAGACUCAUCUGAGCCAAGGAGCCGGGCUGCCCCCCACGUGUCCGUGUGUGCUCCAGGUCAACCGGAAUGGCGCAUUUGUUCCAAAGGUUUUGAAGUUCGGGCCCUUGCUUCAUAAUGUCAUUCUGGCCAGCUCAAUUUCAAAAGCUUUAAAAAUCAUCAGUGCAACAGCCUUUCUUCAGCAGAUGACCUUGUCACUUGAAUUGAAAGAAGAAGAAAAAGAAGGAGGAAAAGAAGAAGAAGAAAAAGAAGAAGAAGAAUUGCCAGGCAAGAUCUCAUCCAGUUCUGGCAUAGAAACUGAGUUAAUAAACCAGGGCCAGGAGCCCAAAAUGUGCAAAAUAAUAAAUUCCAAGUUUAACAAGCAGCAGAAUAUUGUAACAGAAUCUGAAACUCAGAAGACUUCUACAGACACCUUUAUCCCAAAGGGAAUCCAUCCAAGCUUGCCUCAGAAUGUAACCACCCACAUCCUUGAGCAGCAAUUUGGAAAUGACCCUGAGGUUCAACACCAGAAACAAACCUCCUCUCAGCUCAUGCGCUUCCUGCGAGUGAAUGGAAAGACGAAGAACGUGCCUGUGAUCAGUUUAUUUGAUGCUAUGGAGAAGGCCUAUGCCUUCAUGCCGCAGCAGCAGAAAAACAAAAAUGAAGCAGUGGUUCAGAAAGGAGUAGGACUACAUACUACACAUAGGAGACGGUUAUUUUCUGAGAUGACAGUUACUGGACCCAUCUUCAAAGUGAAAAACAGAAGUGCAGGCUUUGUGACCUACAGUUGUAUGAUUGCUACAUGCUCAGAAUUGUGGGAUAUUGGAGAUAUUUCCACAGAUGUUACAAAAUCAUUGCAUGAUUCCAUAUAUGACCAGGGGUUGGCUUUUCCAGAGGGUGAUGACCCUAAAUUGUUGGAUCCCUUCAGUCAAACCCUGUGGACCUCAAGUGAUGAAUCGAGUGAUGUGGCCUCAGAACAGACGGAGCGCUUGUAUGACUCUGAGGAAAGGAGUACUGAGUCUGUGGAAGAUGAUGACUUCUUACUAAAAAUACCUGAAUUUGAGAUAAAGAAAUUUGAAGAGAUGUGCGUUCUUGCCUCCCACGUGAUCAGCCCAAGCAACUUUUACAUUCAGCGUGAGGAUGCCAACCUUAAGAAACUGUCUGAAACCAUGGCAAAGAUAAACUCUAAGUCAUACGCAGAGAGGAGCUGCAUCCCAGAUAUUGGCUCAUGCGUAAUGGGGUGGUUUCCCAAGCAGGAGUUAUGGUGCCGUGGCCAAGUGACCAAGAUAUGUGGGAUGAACCGUGGCAGCAGUCCUUUGUGCACCAGUUCUGAAGGUGUCCGUAACCUUGAAGUGGAGGUCCAGAGAAUUGACUUUGGAGAUUCUGCUUGUCUUUCACUUUCAAAUGUCAAGGAUCUCUGUGGAGAAGCUGCUGAAGUGCCAGUCCAAGCUUUACAAGUCUCCCUGGCAAAUGUGAACCCACUGGAUGGUGAAAACUGGUCUGCUGAGGCAGUAAGUUGGUUCAAAGAUAAAGUGAACAACAGGACGCUGUAUACAAGACUCUUUCCUGAGGGAAACACAGUUAUGGUGGAGAUUUUCUUGGAGAAAGGAAAAAUUGGGACAAUGAGGAGAGGUGCUUCCUUAUCCCUCAGACUGGCUCAAAAUGGACACGCUAGGCAUUCUCAAAUGAAGACUGCGGGACCGAAAAGGAGCCAUGCCCAAAAGCAGUCAAGAAAGCAAUCAGUGGAAUGGGAGAAGUAUCUUAUCUCCUGUUACUCUCAAAGAUACGGUGUUCUUCGGGGAGCCGUCUAUAGUAACAUUUAUCUACUCUUUAUUUUUUUUUGGACACAUUUGUGUACCACCACAACCGAAGACCUGGAAUCGAAAAUGAAUUGGGCAUCUUUUUAUGCCGUGGUCAGCGGUGUAAAUAGGCAUUCGACUGGCAUUGGCCGCAUCUGGCUGUCCGUCAUCUUCAUCUUUCGCAUUCUGGUUCUAGUGGUGGCGGCUGAAAGCGUGUGGGGCGACGAGAAGUCCGGCUUCACCUGCAACACACAGCAGCCUGGUUGCAACAGUGUGUGUUAUGACCAGUUCUUCCCGAUUUCUCACAUCCGCCUGUGGGCUUUGCAGCUGAUUCUCGUGUCGACGCCAGCUCUGCUGGUUGCUAUGCACGUCGCUCAUCGACGCCACGUUGACAAAAAGAUCCUUAAGAUGUCAGGAAGAGGCAGCGCCAAGGACUUGGAGCAAAUAAAGAAUCAGAAGUUCAAAAUCACUGGUGCUCUUUGGUGGACCUACAUGAUAAGCAUCAUUUUUCGCAUCGUUUUUGAAGUGGCUUUCUUGUACAUUUUUUACUUGAUCUACCCCGGGUUUAAAAUGGUGCGUCUCGUUAAGUGUGAUUCGUAUCCCUGCCCCAACACAGUGGACUGCUUUGUGUCUCGUCCAACGGAGAAGACCAUCUUUACCGUCUUCAUGCUGGCAGUGUCCGGGGUCUGUGUCCUGCUAAACAUUGCAGAGGUGGUGUACUUGAUAGGCAGAGCGUGUGUCCGAUUUUUCCAGAGACCAGAAGGUGAGCCCAAAGGACCCUGGCUCACCCAAAAACUGUCCUCCUACAAGCAGAAUGAGAUCAAUCAGCUCAUAUCAGAGCAUCCAUUCAAGCCUAGAUUGAAUGUGGGCAGAAAAAGUCCUAUUGACAAGGGGGAGAGAUGUUCUGCUUUCUAGUUAAGACCAUUAACUUGAAGAUUUAUGUUACUAAAGGUCAGUAAUUCAGACCCGGCCCUGGGGCUUGUGGUGUUCUUCGUCAUUGUGAUCAUUUGAUUGGUUCAACUUUUUCUACAGUUGGAUUAAUGCCACCAGUUCUCAGUCGAGGAACGUUGAAAAGAACAUGCUUCUGGCAAGAAGGUUGUGAGUUGCUAGUCCUUUACAAAUGGUAAUUAUGUAAAGAAAAAUGUGCAAAAUAUGCAUUUUGUCGUAAUCAAACACAAAGAAGGUGCCUUCUGACAUUAUAUGGAACAAUAUUUAUCGCUGGAUAAUACUCAAAAACUUGUAGAAUAUUCCUGAAAUACUCAAAUGCACAGCUUCAAACCCAUGAAGGUAUCUUGAAAGUAUUUCAGAUACUUGAGGUUUGAAUUUCCUGUAUCUACAGAGAACAUCUACCUUGUAGGUUGAUUGUGUAUACCUGUCAGUACUUGAGACUGUAGCCCAUCUGUUGUAGUAGUAUUAAAUACCUGUAUAUCUGUUCUCUCAUACUUCAAAUAAUACUAGACUUGUACAUUUUUUUAGUUUACAUAAAAAUGAAAUCAGGUGAGUCUUGUUAGAAUUGCGGCACACUCCCACCAUUUCCAUUGUUUGGUCCACUGCAAAAACAAAUCCAUUGGCAAAGAACUAGACUAAAUAUGUAAAUUGACAUGCAUAGGCUUAUAUUAAUCGAAAACAAUCUGCCAAAGGAGUAAACUUUUUUUUUCUUAGUAAGAUUUCUUAAAAUAAGCAAUCGCAAAGUCUCAAAAUGUGUAAAUCAAAAAUCGCAGAUUUUUUAUUUUAUUAUUGUUAUUUAUUUAUUGAUUUAUUUGCUUAACUUGUGACUUUUUUGUGCUUAUUUUGAGUUCAAAUUACCCUAAUUCUUAGUUAGACUGAUGAAAAUUGUUAAUAUUUUUAUUAAAAAUAUUAAAUAAUACUGUAAUGUUAAUAAUUAAAUAAUUAAAACACUUGCAAUGCUUUGUAAGACUCUGUCUUGACCCUACAGAUCAGUGCUGUUUCAUAUUAUAACAAGUUUUUAGAUUUGGAUCCUGCAAACUGUGACAUGGAUCUUGUGAAUAUCUAAUAUCAGCACACAACACAACAGGAAAUAUCAUUUUUUGACAUGAAAGUGGCAAGUUUGGAAUUCUAAAAUCAUUUUCACGUUCUCUUUAAAGUGUCUUGAGUGUAUGGUUAGAAUAAGGUGCUUUUCUAUUUAUACGCUAUAUAGCUAUAGAGUAGACCUUAACUAUAUAAAGUUACCUACCCUGAUGGAAUGCAAGACGUUUGGUUUCUGUUGUCUUUGUGUAUGAAAAUGAAGUGAAUGGGAGGAACGAGGAGUAAGAAAAUGACAGGUAUCUUGACAGAAAAAGCUUUCAACCAAAAAAACAAGCCUACAUCACACAAUCAUACCGAACAAUCUACUGAACUGCAGGACAGAAUUUGUGGCACGUAAUGCCAAUCUAACAAUAGGAAAAGACUUUAAAAAUACUUUUAAAACUAUUUUAUUCACUAUUUGAUGAAAACUUUGAAAAGUCAAGAUGAGACAAAGAUUGGUUACUCUGACCACCGUACACCAAACGAUCAGGAUUACGCUGCAAGACUCUAGCAAGACUCAAAUGAUUUGAUUCCAGCUCUGAAAACGUGUUGAUUACAGUGAAAUCACUUGAAAUGUUAUUCAGUGUAAGGCCGGCAUAGGUACACACAACAGAGAUAGUGAAGGACCAGCUCUGGGAACCGAUUCUCUAUAUAUUAUUAUAUUCUGUUCACACUCUAUAGGUCCUUGGGUUUAUGCAUGUCAACAGAUGGGCUAGAGUCUGUAAUUGUACACAGUUAUACAGUACCAGUUAUGUGUGUUCUUUAUUUGUAUUAUUUACUACAUUGUAGAUAGUAUUAAAGAUUAAAAAAAUAUGAAGGAAGUAUUAAUAUUCUCUACAAUGUUGAAAAUAAAAUGAUAAAGAAAAACAUUAAAUGAGAAGUGAUGUGUCCAAACUGUAUAUCAUGUAUGACAUGUUUCAAAAAAUAUAUUACAAUUUAAAGAUUUAAAUUCUGCAUGAUUUUCUAUAAUAUGCAGUAUACCUGGGUAAAAUAGAGACAUCAGCUCCUCAUAUUGGAAAACAAAAAAAAAAAUCACACUUACUACUGUACAGCCAUAUAAAAGAAGUGCAAUAUAUACCUUGGCGUGUUUGAAAAAUAACAAUUUCUCACUGUGGACGUUUAUUGAGUCGAUUAUUAUUGCUGCUUAUUUAUUGUGGUGUUAAACCUUGGAAUAUUGUGAAAAUAAAAAAAAGCAAUUCAGUUCAGCACAAACUGUAAAUCAUUUACAGUGUUACAAAUAAAACCCAUUGAUUUAA